ACGGGGACUUCCAUGAGUGAAUUCGCCGUUCAGUCACGGCCUUAUCUUUUCUUCUUUUCCUCUCCUCUUUCUGUUCUUCUUUCUUCCUUCUCCCUUCUUGUCUUCUCAUCUCGUCUUCUCUUCUCUCCCUCUCUACACCUGACAAUUCUACCUCUUCUCCUCCAUCUCUCAAUCCCACUUCUACUGUCUCCAUCUCCCAUCGUCGAACCCUACCUACUACACAACACCAUGCUUCGAUACAUCUACCUCAAAACCAUCGCCCUCCUCCUCCGCACCCUCUCCCGCCUCACAAGCCCCAUCACCGCCCACCCGGACGAAAUCGAGCACAUCCCGUCUCGCGAUCCCAACCGCACCAUCAGAAUCCACAUCUACCACCCUCCUCAAAGCAACCAAACCAACAGCCAACGCAUCCUCCUCAACUUCAGCGGCAGCGGCUUCGUCAUGCCCGCCCACGGCCUCGACGACCCUUUCUGCCGCCGCAUCAGCACCACAACAGGCUACACCGUCUUCGACGUAUCCUACCGCACAGCCCCGGAGUACCCCUUCCCAGCAGCCCUCAACGACGCCGCCGACGCCGUCGCCUGGGCGCGCAGCCGCUAUCCCAACGCCCGACUCGCACUCAGCGGCUUCAGCGCCGGGGGCAACAUCGCCGCCGUCACAGCGACCACCACAUCCACCACAACAGACACGCCAUUCUCGCAUCUCAUGCUCUUCUAUCCCGCGGUCGACAUGCGCGCGUCUAACCCCCCCAAGACAGCCCCGGACUCAUCCGCCCGUCCGCUCCUACCCAACUGGAUCCUCGUCUUCUUCGUCCGCUGCUACAUGGCUGGAUUCAGGGAAGAGGAUGUCCCCUCUGCGCUGGCUGAUCCGAGAGUUUCACCUGCGUUGGCUGACCCUGCGCGGUAUCCGCCUGUGUGUGGGAUUGUGACAGCAGCGCAGGAUACGAUGGCGCUUGAUGCGGAGAGUCUGGCGGGGAGGAUCGAGGCGGCUGGAAGGUCGGUCGUUGUUUGUGAGAGGAUGGAGGGGGUGGGGCAUGCUUGGGAUAAGUUUGUUAAGGAUGAGACAGACGGGGAGGGAGGAAGUGGGGAGAGGGGGAUCCCGUGGGUGAGGAGGGAGAGGGCGUAUGGGAUUGCGGUGGAGGUUUUGGGGAGGUAGUUUCUCGUUCUCGUUCUCUUUCUUUCUUCUUUGUGGUGUGUUUUAUCGAUGGUGUAUUAUUGUGGUUCUUUGUUUCUCACGUGUUUAUGGCGUUGCCGAUGGAGGUACUUGCUGGGUGGGGUUCUCUGUCUUCGAAGAAUAGAGACUACUGCUGGAGUGGGAUAAACGGAGGAUGGGGUGCGACGGCCGAAG